AUGCCGGCCACCCCAUCUUGGCACCAAGGUCCAGUACCCCGUAUUGUCGGGGGAAGCCAAGCGCCAGCAACGUUCGCCANGAUGCCGGCCACCCCAUCUUGGCACCAAGGUCCAGUACCCCGUAUUGUCGGGGGAAGCCAAGCGCCAGCAACGUUCGCCACCUGGAGAACAUUGCGGCGCCAGGCUUGCGGCAUCACACAGCACCAGGACCCGCCGCGCCUUGCUGGGACACAGCAUUAUCCUUGUCGGUCUUGGGGCGCGUGUUACCGCGCCAUCAGCAGUAUCAUCCGCACCAAGUUACUUGCUUAG